CAAUAAUUUGGGCAUAUUGGUCCAAUCCCAGAAAGCAAAUGCCAUGUACAUUCCCUAUGUCUGAAUUUUCAUUAUACAUGACAAGCGGCGACUCACGGAAUUUAAAAAGCAAAAACCAGAGCAUACAUACAUACUAUUCUUACUGUAUUUCCAGAUUGCUUCGUUAUUUUCCCAGACACCAACUUAUUGUUUCCUGUGUUUUCUUCAAGUAAAUUGCACAGGUCAUAUUAUUCUCCCUUUAUUCCCUUAGAAUCAAUCUCUCUCUCUCUCUCUCUUUCAUUUGGUGGUUUUCCACACUUUACUUCCUCGCAACUCUUUCACUGUUGUCAUCCAUACCCGAACAAAAUGUGUUAACAGGUUUGCCAAAUGGCUUGGAUAAUUUGAAUAGGGAAUACUAAAUUGUAAUUGAGGAGAUGAAAGGCGAGCCAGUUGGACUGAUCAUUGGGGUUUCUAUAGGGGUAGUGAUUGGAGUGCUUUUGGCAAUUUCUGGGUUCUUCUGCAUUAGGUACCAUAGGAAGCGUAUGCAAAUAGGGAACAGCAGUUCUCGAAGGGCAGCAAAUCUUCCUAUUCGUACUAAUGGUGCCGACUCUUGUACAAUGUUGUCAGACUCGACACUUGGUCCAGACUCACCUGUCAAAUCUGAACGGACCGGUGGUUCCUUCUGGCUUGUUGAAGGAUUUAAGAGGAGUAAUGUAGUCUCAAUGUCUGGAAUACCCGAGUAUUCUUACAAGGAUCUGCAGAAAGCAACCUAUAAUUUUACAACAUUGAUAGGGCAAGGUGCAUUUGGUCCUGUGUACAAAGCUCAGAUGUUAACGGGUGAGACUGUUGCCGUUAAAGUGCUUGCAACUGAUUCUAAGCAAGGGGAGAAAGAGUUUCAGACAGAGGUUAAGUUACUGGGAAGAUUGCAUCACAGGAACCUCGUGAACUUAAUUGGAUACUGUGCAGAAAAAGGCCAACAUAUGCUUAUUUAUGUCUACAUGAGUAAAGGGAGUUUGGCUUCUCAUUUGUAUGAUGAAAAGAAUGGGCCAUUGAGCUGGGAUUUGAGGGUUCAUAUAGCUUUAGAUGUUGCAAGGGGCUUGGAGUAUCUUCAUGAUGGAGCAGUUCCUCCUGUAAUACACCGGGAUAUCAAAUCCAACAAUAUCCUGUUGGAUGAAUCCAUGAGAGCCAGGGUAGCUGAUUUUGGACUUUCAAGAGAAGAGAUGGUGGACAAACAUGCAGCUAAUAUUAGGGGAACCUUUGGCUAUCUAGAUCCGGAGUAUAUCUCUACUAGAAAUUUCACCAAGAAAAGUGAUGUUUACAGCUUUGGAGUUUUGCUGUUUGAACUCAUAGCUGGAAGAAAUCCUCAACAGGGUCUGAUGGAAUAUGUGGAGCUUGCGGCAAUGAAUACGGAGGGGAAAUUUGGGUGGGAGGAAAUUGUGGAUUCCCGUCUUAAUGGGAACUUUGAUGUGCAAGAGCUCAACGAAGUGGCAGCUCUUGCAUAUAAAUGUGUCAGCCGCUCCCCAAAAAAGCGGUCUUCCAUGAGAGACAUUGUACAAGUGCUAUCACGAAUGCUCAAAGUGAGGCACAAUAGAAAGCACCAUGCGAAAUCGUUGUCAUCCACAGCAGAGGAAGUUAUGAUUGACGUGAACCAACCAGAAACCAAAAUUCAAAUGGCUGAACAUCAAAGAGAUGAGUCUAUGGACAGCACAGCCGAUACAUAUGAUUUGUAGGCUUUAGUUUCUGCAUUUGUUCAUUCAUUCUGGUUCUUGUACUUUUGGCUUUGCCUUUUGAUAUAUGUGCAGUCUUUCAUGGGAUUGAAACAGCAGAUAGUGUAAUUCUGAUGUCUGCUCAAGUGACAUAGGAUUUAGUUCAGCCUUCUUUGUACACAGCUUUUUUUUAUUUUUCUUUUUCCGUUUUCCCUGUUUGCUCAAAGGACAGAUCACAGAUUCCAGAUUUGUAUACCAUGCUUGGAGCAAUUGAAAUGUAGGAAAAUUUACCUUCCUUUCCA